CCCAGCCAUGCUAUAAAAAAGCACGAUUUCCAUGCAAGCUAGGUCUCAGACAGUGAGGUGAUGGGGGCAGGAUGGUCACAAGAUGAGGCUCCACAGUCUAGUCAAGAACCCAGGAACACAAUAUCACAGAGCCAAGACAUUCAUUACAAGGCAACUGAGACCACCCCAGAAUUGAACCUCCCCCUCCCUCAUGCCUACGAAGAUAUUGUGAAGGAUGCAGAUUCACCAGUUGACAAGUCUUCUACAGAGAAGCUCUAUCGUCAGCUUCAUGGUGGAGUAUUCUUGAACCAGAAGAGGAAGAAGUAUUGGGUUGACGAGAAGUCUAAAAGCAACUGCUUCAUGUUAUUUGCACGGAAUCUCUCAAUCAAUUGGUCUGACGACAAACGUUAUUGGCACUGGCCCUACCUAAAAGAAACCAAUGAUGUGUUUGUUGACAUUGCCGAACUGCUAAAGGUUUGCUGGCUGGAAGUUAAUGGAAAAUUUGAAACACGAAAGCUCUCACCAGGGGUUACCUAUGAGGUUAUAUUUGUUAUAAUGUUGAAAGAACCUGCUUAUGGGUGGGAAGCUCCAGUGAACUUUACACUUGUUCUCCCAGAUGGAAACAAAAAAGAACAGAGACAAAGCUUGAAGGAAAAGCCAAGGGGACAAUGGAUAGAGAUCCCAGUAGGGCAGUUUGAUACGUCAUCAAAUAAGGAUGCAGAAAUUGAAUUCUCUCUGUACGAAUAUCAAAGCGGGAAGUGGAAGAGAGGGCUAGUAAUUAAAGGUGUUACCAUUCGGCCAAAAAGUUGAAAUAUCCAAGAAUUUUAACCACAUGCAGUUUUCUGCUUACCUUUUUAUGUAAGUGUUUCAUAAACAUGUUAUGAAUAACCACAAGUACUAGAGUACUUCCUAAUACAGUAUGAGUGUCCAAAUAAAA